AUGGAUCUGGUAGGCAAAUUAGCCCUGACAGACAAUGGCAACCAGUACAUUUGUGUCAUUAUUGACUAUAUGACUAAGUGGCCCCAGGCUUAUCCUCUCAAAUCAAAGGCUGCCAGGGAGGUUGCUGAUUGCCUCUUAAAAUUUGUUCAUCAAUUUGAGGCACCUAAGAGAGUCCUCACAGACCAGGGAAAGGAGUUUGUUAACACAAUUGACACAAGUGUGGAGGGCACCAUUUCAAUUGAGGAGUUGACAGAGUCUGCGAUUGCCUUAAAUGAGAUAUUAAAAAAGGCUCAUGUAAAUACCAGAGCCUCUCAAGAAAGGCCAACAACGGAAGGGUGGCAAACUGCAGCAAACUUUCUUGGCCCCUACACAGUAACCUUUCUGGAUGGCAAAAGUGCCGACCUAGAAGAUGGUAGGGGUGUAAAAUUCCAGAAAAUAAAUGUUGACCAUUUGAGGUUACAUAUUGAGGAAGUACCACGCAUCCCACACAAACUGAACCCAUCAAAUUCAGUUACUGUGGCCUCUUCAGCCCCCACCUCAACAGCAUCUCCACCACUAGAGCCCUCACUGGCAUCUCCACCACCAGUGCCCUCACCGGCCUCUCAGCCACCACUGCUCUCAUCGGAAUCUUCACCACCAGUGCCCUCACCUGCCUCUCUGCCACCAGUGCCUUCACCUGCAUCUUCACCACAGGUGCCCUUAUCGGAAUCUUUACCACCAGUGCCCUCACUGGCCUCUCUGCCACCAGUGCCUUCACCGGUCUCUCCGCCACCAGUGCCUUCACCUGUAUCUUCACCACCAGUGCCUUCACCAGCCUCUCUGCCACCAGUGCCCUCACCGGCAUCUUCAGCACAAAUGCCCUCACCGGCAUCCUCACCACAAAUGCCCUCACCGGCCUCUCCGCCACCAGUGCCUUCACCUGUAUCUUCACCCCCAGUGCCUUCACCGGCCUCUCUGCCACCAGUGCCCUCACCGGCAUCUUCAGCACAAAUGCCCUCACCGGCAUCCUCACCGGCCUCUCCGCCACCAGUGCCUUCACCUGUAUCUUCACCCCCAGUGCCUUCACCGGCCUCUCUGCCACCAGUGCCCUCACCGGCCCCUCCGCCACCAGUGACCUCACCGGCAUCUUCAGCACAAAUGCCCUCACCGGCAUCCUCACCACAAAUGCCCUCACCGGCCUCUCCGCCACCAGUGCCUUCACCUGUAUCUUCACCACCAGUGCCUUCACCGGCCUCUCUGCCACCAGUGCCCUCACCGGCAUCUUCAGCACAAAUGCCCUCACCGGCAUCCUCACCGGCCUCUCCGCCACCAGUGCCUUCACCUGUAUCUUCACCCCCAGUGCCUUCACCGGCCUCUCUGCCACCAGUGCCCUCACCGGCCCCUCCGCCACCAGUGACCUCACCGGCAUCUUCAGCACAAAUGCCCUCACCGACAUCCUCACCACAAAUGCCCUCACCGGCCUCUCCACCACCAGCUUAUUUACCACCAGUCUAUGUGGUCUCUUCUGCCUCCUCCUCACCGGCAUCUACACAACCAGCCCAUGCCACAACAGCAUCCUCAGUAGUUGUGACUUCAUCAGGGUCCAGCUCUUCUGAUGUAGAAUCACGUGUUAAAGAUGCCUGGGGAAGAGAAGGUCUAUAUGUGCUGCUCUCAAUAAUAGGCCCAUUCAAAUUGUUUUACUCAGAUAUUCAUCGGACUGCACCCACACGUCAUAUUGAAAGUGAGGUGCUCAAUGCUUACAUGUACCAUUUGGUACAAAAGUACAACAUGCAAUCAACCAAAAAGGCUGUCUCUAUUGAUUCUUUUGAAAUGAGUAACAUGUGGAAGUAUAAAAAAGCAAAGGUCAAGAUGGAUCCAAAAACGUUCCAAUUUAUAUUCGGAAUCAUAAACGAGCAUUGCCACUGGACUCUGACGAUUAUGAUUCCACAAGAGAAUAGGGCUCUGUUCCUGGAUCCUCUAGGGGAGACAUCAAAAGACAUUCAAAAAUGUCAGAAUGUGACUAGGUCAUUCAUGAUGCAAAAGGGCUACGACAUUCCCGGAUGGGCAUGUGGCACACUACCACAUUCGCGGCAACCAGAUGGCAGUUCCUGUGGGGCUUUUGUUCUGAAAUUUGCAGAGUGUUUCUUAAAUAACGAACCACUUCAUUUUUCAACAACUGAAGAAAGUGUGGCUGACCUGAGGAUGACAAUAGCUGCUUGUCUCUUGCAGAACUCUGCUGAUCUUAAGGACCUGUGCCAAAUAUGUGGGGAAAAAAACACUGGAAAAAAUGUGACAAACUGGAUUGGCUGUGAUGUGUGCCCACGUUGGUUUCACUGCAGAUGUGUCCAACGCACAAGAAAAACCAAAUCCUUCACAUGCCCUGUUUGUACACCUUGAGGUGUACUGUCUGUCUGGAUCCACCACAUUGUCUUGUCUUGCCUUAAACCGUAACACUAGGAUUUAUUUUGAUCUUUAAUUUAUUUAUUUAUGUAAGUGUUCAGUUUUCUUAAGUUUUUGUUAUUUAAAACAGUAUUCAUUUUUAUAAAUACUAUAUUGUUCCUAUGUUAACCUAUAGUUUUUUUUGCCAUGUGAUUGAUUUAAAGAUAAGCCGUUUUAAAUGCAUCUUUUUCUGCAAGU